AUGGCAUCAGACAAUAGUCGUGCCGCCCUGCAAGAGACCUUUAGGCCUACUGCCGAUCGACUUCUUGAAUCCCUAUCCAAAAUGCCUGGCCCCUACAUUGACCGCGACAAGCUCCCCGAGGAUGCCUUCGCUAUCAGUGAGUUCAACGCCGAAGACAACACAUCUCUCGAAUCCAGCGGUUUGGUAUUUGAGCCAAUGCCCCAAGCCAAUCUUGACCGGUAUCCUCCACAUCGCGAGAAUUUUCCCCUUGCUGGACGCUAUCCAGGCUUCGAGGAAUUCCAGCCAAACCCAAUCCGAACAACCCUCUUUGAACGGAUGGAACAAUCUGCAGGGACAAGGGCUAGGAUUCUUGAGCAAUGCCUCCGUAUUAUGUUUAUUUUUUGGCGCCGCAAACUCAUCCGCAAAUCCUUGAUUGACAAGGCCGGGUGGGAGCCUAUCGUCUACCCGAACUCGUUCCUGUCUCGCGAGGGCCUACUGCUGCGACACCUACCUCCCGGGUGGGGCGGUACAGUCUACGAGAACGCCCACGGCUUCCCCCAUAUUAUGAUGUUGCAAGUCCAGGAGGUGUCGGUGACCGAGGACGAGAUGCUUGUUGGAGAAAUUGGGCCGAUCGUGCAAGCGAUCAGGAACAGGCUUGACCAGGAGGACUUUGCAGAUACCACUUUCGUCCCUGUGCUGGUCAUAUCGCUGUCAGGCCCCCAACACGGGCGGAUUACACAAGGCUGCUUCGACCGGUCUGGGAUACUGCAGAUACGAACGAGCAAGCUGUAUAGCUUUAUGACAGAACAGGAAGCGCCGUUUGAUCUCUUCUUGCGCUUUCUGGCGAACACGCCUCAAGAGCACCCGGACGAGAAGGAUUCUAUGGUGGAGAUAGGUGGCUGA